CUCCGUCGGUGUCGUUCCGUUCUGUACCUGACAGCUCGCUGCGAGACAUGCACAGAACCGAGGUCCGGGCUCCGCGCUGGCUGCGAUAAAAGACGAGGUUCGUGCGCGCGUGGGUUCCGGGAGCGCGGCGUGGACAGUGAGCGGCUGUUCGUCCUGCUGAGCCUCCUGCUUCGCGCAGACCGCGCCAUGGAGCGCUCCUGAUCCCGGCAGGGCGCCUGGAACAGCUCAGCCAUCCUUCCCUCGUCACGUCUCGGAUCUGUGUGGACGUUCGGAGGCCCGAUCAUGUCUGCGAGAGAGAAGGGGAUCCCGACCAAAGACAGCGUCAGCCUGCUGCCCUGUUUUUAUUUUGUAGAGCUGCCCAUCUUGGUGUCGUCUGUGGUCAGCCUGUACUUCCUGGAGUGGACGGAUGUAUUUAAGCCAGUCAAAUCUGGCUUCACCUGCCAUGACCGCAGCCUGAGUCUGCCCUACAUCGACCCCAACCAUGAAGUCAUUCCGCUCCUGAUGCUCCUCAGCCUCGCCUUCGCUGGACCUGCCAUCACGAUAAUGAUCGGAGAGGCCAUCUUGUUCUGCUGUCUGUCCCGGAAGAAGAGCGGCGCCGGGGCCGAGGCCAACAUCAACGCCGCCGGCUGCAACUUCAACUCUUUCAUUCGCAGAGCGGUCCGCUUCGUUGGUGUUCAUGCAUUCGGUCUUUGUGCCACGGCCCUGAUCACCGACAUCCUCCAACUGAUGACGGGCUACCCAACACCUUACUUCCUCACCGUCUGCAAACCAAACUACACCACGCUGAUCGUCAGCUGUGAGCAGAACCCCUACGUUAUGGAGGACAUCUGCUCAGGGGCCGACCCUGCAGCCAUCAACCAGGGCAGAAAAUCCUUCCCGUCGCAGCACGCCACCCUCGCAUCCUUCGGCGCUGUCUAUGUUUCGAUGUAUUUCAACAGCACGCUGACGGACUCAUCCAAGCUGCUCAAGCCCCUGCUGGUCUUCUCCUUCAUCAUCUGCGCCAUAAUCUGUGGUCUGACCAGGAUUAUUCAGUACAAGAACCACGCCGUCGACGUCUACCUGGGUUUCCUGCUUGGAGGAGCUAUCGCCGUCUACCUGGGGUUGUAUGCUGUUGGAAAUUUCCAGCCAAAUGAGGAGGCUGGCACCCCCCCUCCCACAAUGGUUCAUCGACCCCACUGCUCUUUGCCUCAUAUUAGCCAGGAGGCUGUUUUCCACCACUUGCAAAUGAAAGCCAACAUGGCCCGGGAGCCAGGCAUGCCCACCUCCCACUCCGAGGGCCUCCUCCACCGAGGGCUUCAGCAGCCGAGGCCCGAAGACAGCAUGAAGUGCUCCGGGGCAGAUGCGGAAGUGAUGUCCGCCAGCAGCUCCCACAGCAAAGAUGCUAUAAUGACCUUCAGCCACACGCUCCCACGAGUCCACACCCCCCAGGCCAUGGCGGCGUAUGAGGAAGCGGCCAGACGCCAUGCCGCAACCCUCCACCACGCCUCCAUGGAUUCUAGUCGAUCCAAGCAGCUCCUGUCUCAGUGGAAAAGCAAAAACAAUAACCACAAAUGUUCCUUGCAAGUCCCAGAUUCUUUCUCAUCCUCGAUAGACUCCUCAUCUGGCCAUUCCUCCCAGCAUCCCCACCACCACGGCAGCAUGGAGCUCAGAUCCAGCUCCGAGCCAUCAGCCAUGAGCCUGAGCGGAGGCUUCGAUGCUCCUGCGUACAUGUCUAAACUGGCAACAGGUGCCAGCACCACCCUGCCCAGUAACUGCAGCGGCAUCACCGGAGGAACCCGGAUAUCCAUGCAGUCCAGGCCUGGGUCCUCACAGCUGGUCCACAUACCCGAGGAGGCUCACGAGAGCUACAACACAACCUCCUCAAGCACCAUUGGAGCAGGGAGCGACGGGAUGUUGACAGUAAACAGCACAGUUCAGGCUAACUGGCAACGAGCAGCAGAGAAGACAACCGGCUGCAGGACUAACGAUAACGGACAGAACACCCAGCCACGAAUCAUGCAAGUCAUUGCCAUGUCCAAGCAGCAGGGCCUGCUGCAGACCCACUCCAAGAGCUUAGAUGAGAGCAGCAUAGGCUGCGGCACCACUGGCAGUUGCCAGGGCCCUGCUCGCUACCGGGCAUUAACUGAUCAAGAACCCAGCUGCACGACGGGGCCCAGUUCACUAGGCAGCACCACAGGUAGCAUUUCGGGCAGUACCGGAGCGAUCGUCAGAAUAGAGGCUCAUCCGGAAAACAACAGGCCCGUGAUCCAAGCUCCGUCCACAGAUGGAAGCGGGUCGUGGAGGUGGCGCUCUCUAGAUCAUGGCACCGGAGCAGGUGGAGGCCCAGGCACAAUCGGACCAGGAGGAGGAGGAGGAGGAGGUGGGAGCUUAAGGCAGUCGUUUGAGCUUAACGAUCUGAACCGAGAUUCUGAGAGUUCAGACUCGAUACGAGAAGGGUCGCUGGACAGGAAGCACGCCAACCACGUCGUUACCACCACUGCCACCAUCAGCAUCCCACCCAUAGUCACUGUCCACACCCAGAACACUAGCCAGUCCGAGCAGAGGCUUCAGCCUCAGGGCCAUUCCACCAUAAGGGUCACUCCUGGGGACGCUGGCGGUUCUGGAUCUGGAUCUGGAGGCGGAGGCAGAGGUGGAGAGAGCGCCUCAGAAGCCCCAUCAGUGACUUCUAGUCGUGAGUCCACCCUUCGGAGAAAAGGCAAUAAUAUCAUCCUGAUCCCAGAGAGAGCCAACAGCCCUGAUAACGCCCGGAAUAUAUUCUACAAGGGAACGUCCAUCACUCCUGUUUUCAAGGACUGAAGUAUGAGACGACUGCAGACUGAGUAGAUGUAGCGUGCAAUGCAACCAAGCUGGAUCUAUAUCCGUGCCAACUGUUAGUACUGAAUACCGCUGUACAUAUCAUGACGCCAAACAUGACAAGAAAAGAUUUUCUUCAGCAUGAGAUUUUUGUACGUGUUUACACUAAAGCACAACCUUUUCAGUGUUGUAGAAAUAAUCACUGUGUACUUCUGUGGUCACCCCCAAGGAAACCUAUUGUUACUAUUGCUGAUCCUGUGACGGAAUCUUUUCUAAAGAUGUUUUGGAUAUAAAUCAUGACACACACAAAAAAAAACUAAGUAGCACAGUGACGUUUAAACUGUAGCAAACUAAUGCAAAAUAAAUGUAUAGCUGUGAAUCCAGUGUUUACUUCCCUGCACUGUUUGUUAAAAGGGUGCUACACCAGAAAAGAAUAUUUCCUAUACAGAAAAAUGUAAAAUUUGAAUAGAUAAAGAUGGAAUUAUUUUACAAAGAGUGAUACAAUGAUGAUAUUAGUAUGUGACAGAGCUAUGUUUUCUAUUUGGUCUCUUUCUGUACAGAUGCCACAUACUCAACAGAAUACUGUUUUGAACCAUAAGUGUGCUUAGCAUUCCUUCUGUAGCUACGAAGUCAAAUAUGCUGUGACUUGCACUGAAACAUGUGUUUACUGUACAUUGUAUACUUUAAACCCUGACCUUAUCUUUCUACCUUGUACCGACAUGUCAUUCAUCUUCAUACCAUGCGAUGGAGAAGCUGAACUUUGGCAGGUACAGUAGCUGUGGACGUCUGCUGCUGCCAAACCUAAUAUUAGAGCAGUGAAGUAGUGUGGGGUUUUUACCGGAUCAGGUGGAAGAUCCAUCUCUUUAUCUCUUUAUCUGAUUUAAAAAGAUAAAAAAAGCAAAACAUACAAGUACUUGGAGACACGUCCUGGAGCAUAUCAAGCAGCCCAACUUAUGGGUAUUGUAGUAAAUAUUACGGAUCGUGUGUUUUACGUACUGUAGCUUAUCUCAAAGAUGCAGCUGCUUGUUGUAUUUGUGCCAAAGACUUCUUGGUCCAAGAUGCAGACUUGACUUCUUUCCUGUUAGGUUUGACAACUGAGGUGUGUCCAUUCCAUUGACACGUCCACACCCUUCUGUUUACUGUCUACCUAUGCCUGCCACUAACCUUUGACUGGAGAAGCUACUGUACACGGAUGAGUAGCAAAGUUCAGCUGAUAUGACUCAACUUUCUGAAAACCUCACAUGGGAGACGCACAUGCUGAAAGCAUCACUAUACCGGCCCCUUCUCCAGUCAGCCAUAAUAUUCCAGUCGCUGACAGGCUGCUGAUUGACAUUAUUCAUCCCAACACAGUGGCGCUCGUCAGCGAGUGGGACCUUCUAGGCAGCAGUUAAAGUUGAUGUGUUGGAUGCAGGAAGAAUAGUGCAUAUGUGAGCAGCUUUGUCAAGGGCGUGUGUCAGAGCACGCAUCACAGCCCACUGCAUGGGAGGUUGCCUCGCCCUGGAUAGGCCAGAUGCCAGCGCUGACCCCUGUCCACCACUAAAAGCCCCUACGGCGGGCGCGCGGUAAUGAUAGACGGUGGUCUGGUCUGACCAAUCCUUGUAAACGGCUGUGGGACUGAGGGAGGGCGGCAUCUGAGCGAUAUGGAUGUUAGAUUGACAGGAGCCAUAUUGAUUGUUGCAGAUCAGAGGCUCUAAGGGCAAUGUGCGCUUACAGGAAAUUAAUACACAACAGUGCAAAUAUUAUUCAGAAUGGUUUGGGAAACAUAGUGUGUUGAAGAUGUCAGCUUUUCUUCCUAAUUCGUCUAGAGGUUCAGGUAUCAGAAGACGUCAGGACGUUGAUGCUGGUGGCUUUGGGGUAUUUAAUACUGGGCCUGAUGCGUGGAAGGUUUGGGGUUAACGUGGUGUUAGUCGUAACUGCAUCGCAGAGAUAAUAGGUUUUACUAAAUAUUGCCGGAGCUUAGUGUGAAUCAGUAAACUGGGGCUCAAGCAGAAAAACAGGACCAACGUUCUUCCUCCACUCCUUUCUUCAUCUUCAAAGCAUUUGAGCUGAGUUUAGCAUUUGACCGCUCUGUACCACACUGUGUUCUCCUCAGUAGCCGAUUUGCUGAAACCUAAUUGUACACAGACAUUUUUCAGCAAGAUUACAAAUAUGGACUAUUGUUGUAAAGUUGUAUUACCUCAGUAAUAUUCCAAUGAUACAGUGUUUUUUUUAAAAUGAAAACCUUUUUAAUUCCACCGUGUGCACUGGAAGACGGCACCUUCCUUCGGUUCUGUGCUGUCGUUUUUUUUGUGCCAUAAAGUAACCAGCAGAUUUAAACUUCAGCGAAUAUAUGAAUAUCUGUGUCUCUUUUGUCUCUACAUGAACACGCACAGCGUGUGUCAAAUGUGGACUCUAGUUGUGUACAGUCAUUUACGCUCAGUGUUAAACAAGCACCGUCUGGAUAUAAAGUCUGUUUGACAGAAACACUAGAGAAUUGGCAUCGAAUAUAUUUUACUAGAGUGAGAACUGUGCCAAAGCUAGACUUUUUCAUAUGAAAUAAAAAUGUGAUCAUGAGAUGUAUGUAUGGUUUCCAGUAUUUGUAUACCGAGCCUGCAUUAUACUAUGAAGAUGACUUAUUCUGUGCUCCCAUAACAUUUGCAUGGUCACUUUCCUCACAAUACUUUUAUCAUAACUGUGCUUUUUUGUUUUUGCAUCGACAUAAAUGUUAGUAGAUCUGUUCUUUUUCUCUGUUGCAAAGUGAGAGUUAAUGACAAUCUGUUUUAUCCAAGUACUAGUGCCAGUGAUGAGUCGCCACUGCACAUGUGCGAACACGUGCCAGAUGGAUGCAGGUGGAUCCUCAAUAUGAAUUUGGGGGGGCGGGGCAUGUAAACUGUGACAAUUUGGUGUGAGUCUGUAAGUUUCAUGUGACAAGAUGUGGGUGUGUGUUAACUAUGAUAUCAUUUAAUUCAACAGUUGACACUUUGCUUUUGCAGUGCAACCCAACUAAAUAAAUUCAUUAUUGAACUAACA